AUGAAAAAUAAGAAGAAAAAUGAAAAUAUAUCGACUGAAGAAAAAGUAGAACAAUUAGUAGAAAAUGUUAAUACACAAAAGCGUGAAGAAAUUAAAGAGCGACAAAUGUUUGGUGAAAUACUUUCAAGAAGUGUUGGAGAAGGGUACAAGUGCUUGAGGAAAAAGGAUAAGAAAGAAUUCUCUAAUGUGAUUAUGACGGAAAAGGAAAAGUUUAAAAAAUAUAAACUCUUGACACAAAAAAAAUUUACAGUAAGAGAUAAAAAAGAAAAUAAGACAGCUAAAAAUGAAAACUUGAAAGAGAAACUAAUUUUGGAGUUUUUUGACGAUGAGGAGAUGACUAGAAUUGCAGCUGAUUAA